AUGUACACAGAUGCUGCUUGGAACGCCUCAACGGGCUUUGCGGGACUUGGAUGGAUCAUCGAUGAUACGGGAUCGUCAUCAUCAUACUCAGCGACUGCAACCUUUGUAAAGUCGCCCCUCUUUGCGGAAACCUUGGCUUUGCGAAAAGCUAUGACCUCUGCUAUUGAUAAAGGGAUUAACUCUCUCCUGAUUCUCUCGGAUUCUCAGUCUCUCAUCAAGCUUCUGAAUUCAAAGGGAAGGAAUCUUGAGAUCGCAGGACUCCUCAACGACAUUUAUCUCCUAUCUACUUCCUUUAAUGCUAUCCAGUUUAAGUUUAUUCCUAGAGCAAACAAUGAUAGGGCAGACUCUGUUGCCAAACAAGCUCUAGCUGUAAUGUUUUAA